UAUAAAGAAUGCCAGGGAAGGGUUCACCAGUCACUCCCUACUGGACGCUACCACAGUCAACAUGAACAUUAAGGUCGUUCUCCUCCUGGUCGUGUUGGGCGUGGCCGUGGCUGAUGACAGACCUUACGGCUAUGGCUCUCCUGAGGAGUCUUCGGAAGAGUCUUAUGAGUCUAGUGAGGCCAAGUACAGCUUCGAGUGGUCCGUCGAUGAAGACAGUAACGAGUUCGGUCACAAGGAGUCUCGUGAUGGUGACCUCACCCAGGGGUCAUACUACGUGCAGCUUCCCGACGGUCGUCUGCAGCAGGUGACCUUCAACGUGAACGGCGACUUAGGAUACAAGCCCGAGGUAACUUAUGUGGGCGAGGCUUUCUACCCCGAUUCAGAUGAGUCAGAUGAGUCAGAUGAGUCGGAUGAGUCGGAUGAGUCGGACGAAUCAGACGAAUCACAAGAGGAGGACGAGGAUGAGGAAGAGGAGAAGUACGCCCCUCGUAGACCUAAUUAUUUCUAGUCACUUUUGUGUGUGAAGGAGUCAAUGAUAAGCAACUUCCUGGACAUUGCCUCCCUCACUGACCUGACCUACUGGUGAGUCAUGUUCCACCCUGCAAACUACUAGCAUUAUGUGUGUGUGUGUGUGUGUGUGUGUGUGUGUGUGUGUGUGUGUGUGUGUG